AUGUUCACCUUCGACGGUUAUGUCAGGAUUCGCAUUCUUUGUCUCAGUCACUGCAUCAACAUCACGCUACACAGCCUCAAACUGGACAUCGAUGAAGCUUCGGCUAAACUAAUACACAUUGGACGCGCUAAAAUACCGACAAUUCAAAAAAUUAUUCAAGAUGAACGGCGACAGUUUCUCGUCUUCCAUCUAAGUCAGCCACUGACUGACGGGUUUCAGUAUUUCCUCCAAGUCAAUUUCACUGGGAAACUUGAAGAUGAUCUUAACGGAUUCUAUUUAAGUUCGUAUAAACGAGGCAACAAGACUACUUAUUUAGCUACAACUCAAUUCCAACCGACGCAUGCGCGACAAGCAUUUCCUUGUUUUGAUGAACCAGCUAUGAAAGCUCAAUUCCGUGUCAUUCUCGUGAGAAAAGAACACAUGAAAUCUCUAUCGAAUAUGCCCAAAAUCAGGGAAGAUAAAAGGGAAAAUGGAUUUAUCGCUGACAUAUACAAUACUUCGGCAAAGAUGUCAACUUACCUAUUGGCGUUCGUUGUAUAUAUGAUCGCUGUCCCUGACUUCGAUGCCGGUGCAAUGGAAAACUGGGGCCUGAUAACCUACAGAGAAGCUCUUUUACUGUGCGAUCCAGAAGCAACAUCAGAAGCACAAAAGGGUAGCGUUAGUUCGAUUAUCUCACACGAGAUGGCGCACCAGUGGUUUGGAAACCUUGUCACCCCAAAAUGGUGGGAUGAUCUCUGGUUGAAUGAAGGGUUUGCCUCUUAUGUCGAAUACAUGGGAAUUGAAUUCCUCUUCCCAGAAAGAAAACCGUUCCAAAUAUCCAUCCUUGACUCCCUUAAUUCAGCCCUGAGUUUCGAUGGUCUUGCUUCUUCUCAUCCCAUUUACCAACCUGUCUCUGAUCCAGAUCAGAUCCGCGAAAUAUUUGAUUCUAUUUCCUAUUUGAAGGGAGUCUCUCUAAUCCGUAUGAUGAGGUUUUUCCUUGGAGACGAAACAUUCCGAGAUGGAAUACGAAAUUAUCUGAAAAAAUUGGCCUACGGAGAAUCAACGGAUGACGACCUUUGGCAGGCACUUGGCGAACAAUCGAAAGCAGAUGGACGGGACUUGGAUGUUAAAAUGAUUAUGGACACGUGGGUCCUGCAAAUGAAUUAUCCAGUUGUCAUGGUCAAAAGAACUGGUGAAAAUCAGUUGACAGUCACACAGGAAAGAUUCGUGAUCGAUACAGAUUCAUCAAAAAAAUUUAACUCUACUUUUGGGUACAAGUGGCAAAUUCCCUUUGUGUACACAACUUCUAAAGAAGGUGAAUUUGACAAGAAAGCCAAAGACGUUAUCUGGAUUGAUUAUACGGCGGAUAAAACUACAAUUGCAGACCAGUCUCUCCCAUCGCUGACUGAUGAAAAUGGCUGGUACGUCGGCAAUUGUCUAAAAUAUGGACACUACAGAGUCAAUUAUGACGAGAAGAACUGGUACGCUCUCAUUAAACAGUUGAAUAUGGACUAUAAGGCAAUUCACGUCAUCAAUAGAGGGCAGAUUAUCGAUGAUGCCUGGAGUCUUGUAAAGGCGGAUGAACUGGAAGUAGAGAUUGCUCUAGGAACGUUGGAGUUUCUAAACGAAGAUGAUAGCCUCGGACCAUGGAGAGCAGCUGCUGCUGAGAUGUCGUACCUGAAGACUCGUCUUAUUCGAACAGACACAUACAAAGAUUUAGAGUUGUUUCUCCGUCGUUUGGUUGUUGGUCAUUACCAUCGUUUGGGCUGGGACAAUACAGGAGCUGAUUAUACCGAAUCGUCAAUGAGGACCCUGAUCAUAGAAGUGGCGUGUGAAAAUAAUGUCAGGGGUUGCCAAGAAGAAGUCCAGAGACAGUUCCGACAGUGGAUGGAUAAUCCCACAAACAACCCAAUCGACCCGAAUCUAAAGACCAUUGUUUACUGCAAUGCAAUUCGCCUCGGCGGUGCUGAAGAAUGGGACUUUGCCUACGAGAUGUACAAAAAGACAAAUGUGGCCAGUGAAAGGAUGCUCUUGUUAAGAUCACUGACCUGCUCACGGGAACCAUGGAUACUCAGUAGACUUUUGGCAAGGACACUGGAUUUGAAAGAGAUUCGUAAGCAAGACGUUGUAACCACCAUUAUUCUUGUAUCAAACAAACCCAUCGGUCGUUUGCUAGCUUGGGAAUUCCUUCAGACGAAUUGGGAAGUCAUCAAAGGAAAUUUAGGUGUUGGCAUGAAUUCAAUAUCUAAUAUUUUAUGCGCUCUUGCUGAGACAUUUAACACAGAAUACGAACUUGAACAGCUAGAGAACUUUAUCAGGAUCACAGGUCUUCAACAAGAAUCUGCAAAUCGUCAGAUUAGACAGGCUCUGGAAUUUACGAGGACCAGUAUCAGAUGGAUGAACAAAAAUUAUGAAAAAGUUAAAAAUUGGCUACGAAAUCGAAUGUCAAGUGUUGAAAGACGAGUAACUGACGUCCGUUUGCCGAGAUCCUUGGUACCCAAACUAUAUCACCUUGAAUUGACACCGGAUAUCUACUCAGAAGAACCUGCCAACUUCACAUUUCAAGGCCAUGUCAAGAUAGAUAUGCUAUGUCUUAAUGGCACCAAUAAUAUCACUCUUCACGUACAUAAGCUGGACAUCCUCAAUCCUAUCAAAGUAGCCGAUAUAACAUCUGGAAAAGAAAUCACCGUGAACUCCUUUCAAGAAAAUAGAGAAAAGCAAUUUCUUAUUGUCAAUCUGCAAAAUUCUUUGGAGGCGGGUCAUCAAUACUACAUUCAUAUACACUUCAAGGGGCCACUACUUCCAGACCUUAAAGGACUAUAUCUCAGUUCAUAUGAGCGCAAUAAUGAAACAGUGUAUCUGGCAACUAGUCAAUUUCAACCAACGUUUGCAAGGAAAGCAUUCCCAUGCUUCGAUGAACCAGCUUUGAAAGCCAGGUUUAACGUUGUCCUUCUGCGCAUGAGCAAUAUGACAUCACUUUCAAAUCAGCCAAUCAUACGCACAGAAAAAAGACCCAAUGGCUACCUGGCUGACUAUUUUGGCAUAACACCUGAAAUGUCUACUUAUCUACUGGCGUUUGCUGUGUGUGACUUUGUUAAUAAGAGUGUGCAAAACGGAAAUUUUACUUUUAGCGUAUGGUCACGUAAAGAAGCCAUAGAACAAACCGAAUAUGCGUUGGAGGCAGGGGUGAAGAUUAUGCAAUCCUUAGAGAAUUACUUCGGCAUACCAUUCCCGCUCCCGAAACAAGAUAUGAUUGCCGUUCCCGAUUUCCAGGCAGCUGCCAUGGAGAACUGGGGAUUGGUCAUGUAUCAAGAGAGCUAUAUGUUAUAUGAAGAAGGAGUGUCGCCAUUCGAUCACAAGCGAUCGGUAGCAAGGAUUGUAUGCCAUGAAAUUGCUCAUCAGUGGUUUGGUAAUUUAGUAACUCCCCGUUGGUGGGAUGACCUAUGGCUGAACGAAGGAUUUGCUACUUUCAUCGAAUAUUUUCAUUUGAACAGAGUUUACCCCGAGUUGAAUGUGGAAGAAUUAUUUUUUGAAAUUGUGAAAAGAGCCCAGAACGGAGAUGCUACAAUUAAUUCUCAUCCGAUAUACCAGCCAGUAGCACACCCCAAUGAAAUUAUCGAUAUAUUUGAUGCGAUCUCCUAUAAAAAGGCAGCUUCCGUCAUCCGAAUGAUGGAAUUCUUCCUUGGUGAAGAAAUCCUUAAAAUUGGACUUACAGAUUAUCUCAAUAAACUCUCUUACGGUACAGCAGACCACGAUGAUCUGUGGGAUGCCCUUUCCAAGGCGUGGGGUGGCCGUGAUGUCAAAAAAAUAAUGGAUACAUGGACCCUCCAAAUGAACUACCCACUUCUGAAUGUCACAUGGUCUGGUACACGGAUCAACGUCACCCAACAGCGCUACCUGACAGACGAAAGCGAAGUCGAACAAGAAAAACAAGUAUCGCCAUUUGGGUACAAAUGGGAGAUACCUUUUACAUUCACCACCAGUGAUGAAGUCAAUUUUAACAAAACUAACAAAGAUAUAUUUUGGAUUCACAAGAAUCAAUCAUCAGCCUCAUUUACAUCGUUCGUGUUGCCAACGAACCAUGCUACUAAUAGCUGGGUCAUCGCCAACAUCCAACAUAUUGGAUUUUUCCGUGUCACUUACGACUACAAAAAUUGGAUUGCCAUCAUUGAACAAUUGAAAAAGGACCAUACGGUGAUUCCCAUUUCUAAUCGUAUCCAAAUCUUUGUCGAUGCCUGGACAUUAGCUAAGUCUGGCCACCUAGAUCAGAUCAUUGCUCUGAGAACACUGGAAUAUCUUCACAAAGAACGGGAUUAUUCAGUGUGGUCUGAGGCAUAUAUGGAAAUGAGUCAGGUGAUAAAUAUGUUGAUGCGAACAGCCAAAUUUGGAAAACUUCAGAGUUUUUUACGCCAUUUGGUAUUAAAUCUGUACAAAGAAUUUGGAUGGAACACCACAACUUCUAAUGACAAUGGAAGCUUUUUACGACGCUUUGUGAUAAGAGUGGCUUGUGAGAAAGAGUUGAAGGAAUGUGAAGACAUUGCUAUGAUCCAUUUUAACAAGUGGGUAAGAGAUGGCGAUCCAGGAGUUGAUGCGGACCUUAAAAAUGUCGUUUACUGUGUGGGUAUCCGUAAAGGAGGAGAAGAAGAAUGGGAGUUUGCCUACCGUAAAUAUAAAGAAUCAAAUGUGGCUUCAGAAAAGUCUUUAUUACUGGAAGCUCUAACCUGCACUCAAAAGCCAUGGCUGCUCAGCAAAUUCCUUGAUUUGACACUGGACCCGAAUGAAAUCCGGCAGCAAGACGCCAGAAUUGUGAUUAUGUCCAUUUCCAAUAAUGCUGUCGGUUAUCGACUUGCUUGGGAUUUCAUUCGCUCGCGUUGGGAUGAAUUGUCCACAAAGACGUCAGACAGACAAUUUAUGUCAAGUCUAUUGAUGGGAGUCACUUUGCAUUUUAACCAAGAGUUUGAACUAGAACAGGUUAAAUACUGGAGAAGCCAAGACAAGGAGGCAAGCAAUCAAAACAACAAAUCCUGGCAUGUUGAGACCCCAAAUCAACAUAUCAUUCCUCUUACUCAUUUUCUCUCUCUCUCUCUCCCUCUCUCUCUCUCUCGCAUCAAUCAAAUAUUUUAA